AUGUUGCGAAUUCAUGAUCCCAAGCCCACUAUGCACUUUUACAUUGAAUUGAUGGGCAUGCGCACCGUCUUUGUCCAAAAUACUGGUCCAUUCACGGUAUAUUUCCUUGGGUAUCCACAAACACCAGCACACCGAGCUGACCCAGCGGCAUUUUCCCAUGAUACGAUGGCCGUUAUGUCGAACACACUUGGCCUCUUGGAGCUUGUCCACUACCACGGAUCUGAGGCGCAAAAAGAGAGCAUUAUAGUCCCUGGUAGUAGACCACCGCAUCUUGGGUUUAAUCAUCUCGGUUUCUCUGUUCCGGAUGUGGGAGCUGCAGUUGAAAGACUAAGGACAUCUGGAGUCAAGGUGGUGAAAGACGUCAAUGAAGGUCCAAAUGACGUUAUCCCGUUCACAAAGUGGGAACACAAUGAUAUGGGACUUGCGAAUGGUGCUCUCGAUCCCAAGUUUCAAACGAUUCUAAGCCAGAUCGCUUUUGUUGAAGAUCCGGUCAGUAGACAACCCAUCGAUUCUGACCAGUCAUAA